GAUAUAAGCGUUGGACCAACGUGUUGUUGCAAAUUCAGAAAUGUUCUGUAGUAGACCUACGCCAGUCAGAGAAUUUAUCCAGUGAACAUAAAUGGGCGUUUUGGGCGAAACUGAUUAAUUCAGAAUAUUAUUGUCGGUAACAACUCGUGUCACAGAACGAAAAGAACAAAUGAAUAGAAAAGACGAUUACGAUUCAUAUGAAAUCGAGGAGCCGAGUGAUGAAGAGAGAGCCGCGAGCAGCUCCGAGGACGAGCUGGACGUGCUCCUUCACGGAACCCCCGAUCAGAAGAAAAAACUGAUCAGGGAGUACCUGACGGGGGAGAGUGAGUCGUCCAGCGGGGAUGAGUUCGAGAAGGAGAUGGAGGCGGAGUUGAACACUACCAUGAAGUCGAUGGAGUGCAGAUGGACAGCCCCACGCUCAGCAGGGGGGACCCCAGGUGUGACAGGUAGCCCUGCAGAUGCAGGAGUGAGCGGAGCUGAGCAGCCUCUGCUCUACGACAGGAUCUACUUUGACACAGAUUCAGAAGAUGAUGAUGAAAAGCCAGGUAAAUCAGAUGGCCAGAGGUGGAAACAAAGGCGCAUCCCCACUAAUGAUGAGCUUCUGUAUGACCCAGACAAAGACGACCGGGACCAGGCCUGGGUGGAUGCCAAGAGGACAGAGUACAGGGGCAGCAGGAAACAGCUGCGAGGAUCAGCGAGCAGAGAGGGAAAGCCCCAGGCACUCCCCAACAGUGACGCGGUUCUCAACUGCCCGGCAUGCAUGACUACCCUGUGUCUGGACUGUCAGAGGCAUGAGAAGUACAGGACUCAGUACAGAGCCAUGUUUGUCAUGAACUGCACGGUGAACCGAGAGGAGGCUCUGAGGUACAGAACUCCUGCUGACGGGAAGUGGACGAAUCGGAGAAAGAGGAUGAAGGGCCACCAGCAGACAGAACCUGGUUUCGUGGAGGCUGAGCCAGAGGAGACGUACCACCCAGUCCGGUGCUCUGAGUGCUCCACUGAGGUGGCGGUGUUCGACAAGGAUGAAGUUUACCAUUUCUUCAACAUCCUGGCAAGCCACAGUUAAAUAUACUGCUGGUUUGAAGCUUAGCUUGCCAGUGUUUGAAAGACUGCAAAACCUAUAUGCUGUUGGCCUGCCCAUGUGUUUUAGUUUUUCAACAUGGCUGAGAUUUUUUAUUGUAUAAAAGUGACUGACUAUUACCAUCAUGGGGUACCAACAUAUAGUUAAAAUGUAUAAUUUUGGCUUACUGUAAUUAAGUAAAUUCAGCAAUUCAGUACUUUAAUAGAUUGAGCCAUUUCAGUUUGAUUUUA